AUGGCAACGCUGCAUGGUUCCGUCCAUGAAGAAAUAUCCCAUGAGCGGGGGAUGGGCGAAGAAACAAUGAUGGCUUUCAUCCACAAGUAUCUCAACAGCAUUCUGCAGCCGUUUGCUGACAGCGUCGACGAAUUGAAUGGUGCGGUGACCCAGUUGACGGCUGAUGUCGAGACCUUUGCCGGUCACGAGAAACAGCUUCAGGAGCACGCACAAACACUGAAGGUGAUGCAGGCAGAGAUGAAGGCUGCCAAGGUGAGCAUGCUCGAGGUCAAGGAAAACCAACAGAAGCAGUUUGCUGACGUCGACUCGCAGCUUUGUGCGGGCAAGAAGGAGGCGAAGAAGGUUAAAGAGGAUCUCUUCGAGCUGGAUCGCCGCCAUCGCGAAAGUCAUUCCAUGAUGCUCGAUGUUAAGCGGAUAAACGCCGCCGCCGACCUGGAAGUACGAAAACUGGCCGUCGAGGUGAAUAAGGUCGGUGACGUGGUCAUGGAGCGGGUGACUGGUCAGCUGGACCCUUUGCGGGCGGAAGUGGCGAGAGUUGCGCAGGGCAAUUCCCGGACAGAGGAGUCGUGCCGCAAGUCUGAAGAGCGGGUCCAGAAGCAAGGGGAACGAUUAGAAGCCUUCUUGGAAAAUCAUGGCUUGCAAAGACGUCAAGAGGAGCUGAGGGUCAAAGCAAUCCUCAAGUCGAUUUCGGACUUGGAUCACAAGCUGAGCCAGACCAAUGCGAACCUCAAGCAGCAGAUCCUCCGCGCAAACGAUACGAACGAGGAGCUCGCCACUUUGGCGCGCCGUCAUGAUCAAACGAUGCGGAUGCAGGUUGUACAGGAGAGGCAGCAACAAGAGAGUAACGACCGCCAAGCGGUUUUCACAGAGAGGCUGGAUGGGCUGAGGGCUGACAUCCAAAACGUGAUGGAAAGCCUCGGCUUGACGGAAGGAGCGGCGAACUUGGUUUUGACGGUGGAGAAGUUGAAGGAAGCCUCGAGCGCGCACGGCAAAAGCUUGGACGAGCUCCACGCUCUCUGCCGCGAUUAUGGCGCCGACAUUGUCACACUGCAAGAACGCGCGGAUCUUCUGCAGCAGGCCGAUGUCGUCCUUGAAGAAGAAGACAAGCGCAUCGAAGAGACUCUUGCAAAGCGCCUCCAGGAGCUGCAUGAAGAUUUUUGCCGGAACGAGGAGCGGGACCAAGACCAACUCAAGCAAGAGGCUGAAACGAGGGCCCGGCAGCACGAGGAGUGCAUGAAGCGCAUUCGAUCGCAGGAAGAGGAGAGUGCCAAGCUGAGUGAGAGUUUGAAGCCGCUGGAAGCCGGCCUAGAGAUGUGCAAGAGUAAAGUUCAAGUACUGGAAGGCAAGAUGGCUACGGCUGAGGAACAGGUGGGUGGUUUGAGCGGCACCAUGGAUCAGACACAGGAGUAUUGGAAGGGCCUGACAAGAGGAAUCCAGGAAACCUACCGAAAGGUGGCACUGAGUGAUCUUUGGCAGCACGGGUUGGCAGCCCUUGACUUUGCCAGUUCCUGUGCGGCAUGCGAAGCUUUCAGCUUUGACCAGGGGAAGUGGUUAUCGGAUGCUAGUGGCAAGCAGCAGUUCGACCUAGCCGGCCGCCAAUCCAAUGGGAAAUCAGCACGCGGUGAUUCGCUGAGUCUCAUGGCCUGUCCAGAGCUGGAGGGGUGCCGAUUUCCACACCAAGAUGGUUUAUUCUGCGAGGGAUUUCUUGGACUUGUUUCGGAAACGGAAAACGUUUCAGCACUGGAUGGCCUUGCUGCCCAGUCCUUGGCUGGACUACCAAGCUUUCUGCCUGAAUCAUGUGCUCGUGCUCUGAGAAGCUUCACCUGUCAACAGAUUGUUCCAGGCUGUGCCCAUGGAAAGUCUUUGCCGAUAUGUCGCAGCGUUUGCCAAGCCGCGCGAGAGCAAUGUGGCACUCUAGUCUUGGCCAUGAUGCCAGCCUCGGCUCAACAGCAGCUCGAUUGUGAUGCUUUUGUGGAUGGAUCGUGGCCAGAAUGCGCAGAGCGCGAUGAAACAUCCGAUUGUUUUGCAUCAUCUUGCAACAGCGGCUCAUAUUCACUGCAAGACAGACCUUGCGGAUUCUGCAACGGCAACGAAUUCACGCAGCUGGCUGUCGAUGUCUGUGGUGUCUGCAACGGUGACAACGCUUCUUGUACUUGUGAUGGCCUUUCCGUCGGUGUGCUUGAUGCAUGCGGGCAGUGUGAUGGUGCGGCAACAGCUUGCCGCUAUUUGGAAAGCGAUCCACGCAUGAUUGGAUUCUUGUGCACGGCAUGCUUGGUACUGGUGUCAGUCGCUGCCAUGCUGUUGAUCGUGCGGAAGCGCUGGUGCAAGCACCGCAGAAGAUGUGGCUCCAUUCCCAGCCCUGCUGUGGGACAAGCGGUCUCGACGGUGGCGCAAUACGUCGCAGAUGUACAGUCCAGCUGUUUCUGCAGCACAGGACGAUUGGUUGCUAGGCGUCCGUGGUACAUCAUCGCUGCAGCGCUUCUGCUAGCUGCCACUUGCGGAAGUGGACUGCUUUGGCUACAGGUAGAUGAAGAUGUCGUGGAGAUUUGGGUGCCUUUUCAAGCGGAGAGCGUGCUCAACAGAGAUCGCCGGCAAGCGUUAACAGCGCAGCCUCCCUCCCGAUCGGUGUCUGUCCUUCUUGUUUCCCGCAGCCUCAGCUUUUCCAGCAAAGAUUCCUUGUUGCAAGCACUGGCAGUCCACAACACUUUGGUUGACAUCGUGAUCAACAGUACAGCCGGAAAGCGUUCCCUGCUGGGCGCAUGUCUUGCCCCAACCACCUGUUAUGACAAGGAUGGAGGGUUGCUUGCUGGCUCUGACAGCAUUCUAAGCCCAUUGCAGCUAUGGGGGUUUAGCGAGGGGGCAUUGGAAUCUGACCCAGAUCCAGCCCAAAAGCUGAAGUCGGCAGUGGAAGGGACAUCCUUCGAGGCUGCCAGUCUUGGCCAGUUGCUAGCAUGGGAUGAUGAUCGAGUUCAUGCACUUCGGAGUGUCUAUCUGCUCGAUGGAAGCUUGCCCAUGAAGCAGCACAUCGAGCAGUGGGAGGCGGCUGCUCGCCACGUCACAGCAGAAGGCCGCUCGCCAGCCUGGUCUGUCCACGUCUUCAGCCAGCGUGGGUUGGCAGAUGAUUUGGAGGAUGCAGUUGAUAGCGACGUCAACAGCAUUGUCCUGGGCUACUGUCUGAUGUCGGUAUAUGUUAGUGCAUUCAUUGGGCGCCACGUAGAUCUACAGCGAGGCGCAACGUGUCAUGAAGAGCUAGAUGUGAGCAUGGAAUCAGGUGUGGACGAUUCUUUCCUGAUCGUGCGGACCCUGGAAGAAGACGAUGCCGAGAACCCAGGCACGGAGGAGCGCAUCGCGAAGGCGCUCGCCAAGGCUGGGCCCUCGGUGCUCCUCUCGUCCACCACCAACAUUGUCGCUUUUGCCCUUGGAGCUGGUACUCCCAUGCCGGCGCUGAUCUCCUUUUGCAUCUACACAAGCGUGGGCAUGGCCACGGACUUCGCAUUUCAAGUAACUUUCUUCGUUGCCAUGCUGGCCUUGGACGAGAGGCGCCGACGAUGCAGUCCUUCAUGCUCAAUGAUCCCAGAGUUUUGUCGUGUUGGCCGGAUACAAUCCUGUGGUUGGCAAAGGGUACUCGAGGCCUUGUCAAAGUCUUUAACAUCAUCGGCAUGGUUGCGGAGUGCUGUCCUUCUGCUUUGGCUGACGCUAAUGGCCGCUUCGACCAUCGUGGCCUUCGACUUGAAGGUGGGCCUGGAGCCACAAGAGCUUGUGCCUGCCAGUUCGAUGACAGCGGCUUACUUUCGUCAACUCGCAGUGCUACCUUCGGAAGCUGAAUUUCCAGAGAUUCUAGUCCAACAUCAGGAGAUCGCCGACUCAGCCCUUGGCCUCGGCGUCGCUCCGCUGGAAGACGCGUCAACACAAGAGGGGCUGUUGCAUCUCUACGCUUCUUUGAUGGCCUCCAGCGACGUCAUUGACUCGUUUGGAAGCUUCUGGCUAAAGACCUUCAUGGAGGCUGAGAGAGAACGUGGUUCUCCUCCUGGUUGGAGCUCAGUCAGUCUGACAGGAAAGCUGGAGUCUUUCAUGAACUCAUCAGAAGGCCAAUCCCUUGAGCGUGCUGGAGCUUUCGUCAGGACCGCUGCGAGCUCUGGAUCCCUGCUGGCGACGCGCAUCCGCCUGCUCUCAAAGGAUUACACGCCCUGGAAGAUGCUGUCCCUCCGUGCUACGGUCAGCGAGGCGAAUUUGCGCUUGGAGAAGGCUGCAUUCGUGUACUCUCCAUCGGACGUGUAUCGAGAACAAGAUGCAGUUCUUAUCCAAAACACUACAGCGUCAUUGCUGUUCAUGCUUAUUGCGGUGCUGGCAGCCGUUUUUGUGCUGUCCUUCAACUUUGCAAUGAUGGCCGCUCUGACGCUCGCCUUGUACUCCUGCUGUGUGCACAUGUUCGGCUGGAUGGUCUUGACUGGGCUGAAGCUCAACUCGCUUUCUGUAAUUCCUUUGCUGCUUUCCGUGGGCCUGUGUGUUGACUACUGUGCGCACAUCGCGCACUCCUUUUGGCACAUGCCCGGCUCUUCGAAAUCAAGGGCCCUGGCAGCGCUGCAGGGCCGUGGUCCGGCAGUGCUGCAUGCCGGAAUAAGCACCGGCCUCUCUCAAAUGCCCCUUGCUUUCAGCCAGUCGGCCGUGUUCACGACCUUCUUCAUCAUGAUGACAGGGAUGGUUUUGGUGGGGCUGUUCCAUGCACUGUGUGUGCUCCCCGUUUGCCUCAGCUUCUUGCCAGACACAGAGGGUGACAAGGACUGCUGUGUUGCUGGCUCUGCUACGCCCCCGGCGAAGAUCGGCAUAUCAGACGGAGGCCAUCCACCACUUUAA